CAACAUCAACAAGCAGCCGUCAGUCGGCACAGUGCAUCGAUGGCUAAGUCCGAUAGCGCAGACCCUAAGGAGAAGGCAAGCUCGACGCCACCGUUAUUUCUCAAGUGGAUCUUUGGCGACCCCGAAGAGACAUUCCCGGACCCGGUGACGGGACUGUCGCCCCGCGACAGGAACUACAUCCUCGACACCUGGAUCCUGGUCCGACGAGACAUCCGCAGUAAUUCGAUGUCGCUGUUCGUGGCGCUGUUCGCACGCUACCCUGAGUACCAGCGGAUGUUCCGGACCUUCGCCAACGUGCCCCUGCAGGAGCUGCCCCGCCACGAAGUGGUCAAGGCGCACGCGCUGAUCGUGUUCUACUUCAUCACCAACAUCGUCGAGGCCAUGGACUGACACCGAC